CAGAGGGCGGCUCUGUUGUGGAGGAGGACUAGGCUAUUGAAAGCACCACACAGAAGCCUUUUUCAGAUUUUAUCCAUUUGGAGAGGGGGCAGCUUACAGCUUCCUCUAACGUACAUAUUUUUUUUUCCAUCAUUUUGGUUUUGGAUUUAUAAAUACAUAUAUCUAUAUAUAUUUAUUUUUUGCAACAUCUAUGGGAUCGGCGGGCGCAUCCUUCGGCUCCCGAUAGGAAAUAACGGGCAGGGCUGCCUCCUAUAAUUAUUUAUUUCGCCUCCUGCGCCGCAGCGUUGGGAGAAACGUGAUCCGGAGCCAGCAGGAACAGCGGGACGAUCAUGGAUUAAUGCCCGUGUGAAUUUCAUCUGAGAGGUUCCCAAUGUUGAACAUGUCCACUCCCAGCGAGCUCAAGUCUCCCUGCGUGACUCGCAACGGUAUGGUCAAACUGCCCCCCAGCCAGCCCAACGGCCUGGGCAGUGCAAGUAUCACCAAGGGCACUCCUGCCGCCAAGAACCGCCUGUGCCAAUCGUCCUCGGUGCCCUCCAUUCUGCCUCCUCCACCGUCCUCUCUCCCCUACCACCACCACCACCACCUGGACAGCCCCGGCAUGCCCCACUCAGCAGCCUCGCUCCUGGGCCCUGACCUAGAGCCUGGAAAGUCUUUGGUGGGGCUGAAGCCCUCUCUUCGCCAGUUACCUCCCCUCACCCUACCCAAACCCCUGAUGCUGGAACGCCAGCUGGUCCUAGACGAGAAGCUGCUCAACCGGCUGCUCUGGUACUUCACCACAGCUGAAAAGUGUGUGCUAGCACAGGUAUGCAAGACGUGGCGCAAGGUGCUAUACCAGCCGAAGUUCUGGGAGGGUGUGACACCCAUCUUGCAUGCCAAGGAGCUGUACGCGCUCUUGCCCAACGGGGAGAAGGAGUUUGUCAGUCUACAGGCCUUCGCCCUGCGUGGCUUUCAGGCUUUCUGCCUAGUUGGUGUGUCGGACCUGGACAUUUGCGAGUUCAUUGAUAACUACCCGCUGUCCAAGAAGGGUGUUCGCUCGGUCAGCCUCAAGAGGUCCACCAUCACAGAUGCGGGUCUAGAGGUCAUGCUAGAGCAAAUGCAAGGCCUGAUGCAUCUGGAGCUGUCAGGCUGCAACGACUUCACAGAGGCCGGCCUGUGGUCCAGUCUGAACGCGCGGCUAACCUCGCUCAGCGUCAGCGACUGCAUCAAUGUGGCUGAUGACGCCAUCGCUGCCAUUUCCCAACUCCUGCCCAACCUAUCAGAGCUGAGCCUGCAGGCCUACCAUGUCACUGACACGGCCAUGGCCUACUUCACAGCCAAACAGGGCUAUACCACCCACACACUGCGGCUGCACUCCUGCUGGGAGAUCACCAACCACGGUGUGGUCAACAUGGUGCACAGCCUGCCUAACCUGACCGCCCUCAGCCUCUCCGGCUGCUCCAAGAUCACAGACGAUGGUGUGGAGCUGGUGGCCGAGAACCUGCGCAAGCUCCGCAGCCUGGACCUGUCCUGGUGCCCCCGCAUCACCGACAUGGCCCUGGAGUACAUCGCCUGCGACCUGCAUAAACUGGAGGAACUGGUGCUGGACAGGUGUGUGCGGAUCACAGACACUGGCCUGGGCUAUCUGUCCACCAUGUCCUCCUUAAGGAGCCUUUAUCUGCGCUGGUGCUGUCAGGUGCAGGAUUUUGGACUACAGCAUUUGUUUGGAAUGAGGAGUCUUCGUCUAUUGUCUCUUGCAGGCUGCCCCCUGCUGACCACUACUGGUCUGUCAGGCCUGAUCCAGCUGCAGGAGCUGGAGGAACUGGAGCUGACUAACUGCCCCGGAGCCACCGCCGAGCUCUUCAAGUACUACUCCCAGCACUUGCCCCAUUGCAUGGUCAUCGAGUAGACCACUGACCCACCCCGCCGACUGCCAUACUUCAACCUCCCUCCUCCUCUUCCUCACUCUUUCUCUCUCUGUCCCGUGGAAGAUGCCAGCCAGGAGAAAUCAACCAAAACUGCCCCUAAAACACACCAUCCCUUCGCUAAAAAUUUCAUUACCUAAGCCCUCCCCCCCCGAGCCCCUCCUCACCUGCAUUGAAGUAGACUGACCGAAAGGCAGACCCACUGGCAGACAGAAAGGCAGGCACUUGUUACUUGCCAGACCGAGGUGAUGAUGGGAUGGCGUUGGAGCUUCAUUCAGGGAGACGCUGGAGGGGAAAGCUAUUUGCGACGGCUUGUCCGACAACAAGUUGCAUUUCUUUUUCAGAAACGGAAGGUUGUUUGGUGGGUUUUUUUUGAGGAGGAGAGCUUCUUUAAAGACUUUUGUGGGUUUUUGUGAGAGAUUGGAUGCCUGAAACGAGUGACACGCGCAGAUCUGGACGUGGCGUCAAGGAAUUCAACAAAGGGAAGGAAACACCGGAAGACUUUUUGCAUUUGAGCUCAUAUGGUGGACCUCACUCAUGCGCUCAUACACGAUAAACACACUCUCUCACACACAUACUGUACAUGGUAAAUGAAACAAAUGUAACUCCUUCAAGACCACGAGUACUAACAUUGAUAUCUUCAUCAUUCUGUGUAAUAUAAUUGCUAUUAUUUUUUUUCUCAGAAGGUAUAAAAGGUAAACUAUCUCUUGUUUGGAGAGAGACAACAUGCCAGCUGGAAAAACAGACGGAGUCGGAGAGAGAACAAGGGACGAGGUUAAGGAAGCAAAUGACAUUGAUGGAAAUUCUCUCUCUUUCUCUUUUCCUCUGUGUGUGAAGUGUGUGUCGUGGACCCACACAUUCCCCCUUUUUUGGGAUACCGCCUCUUUUUCCAUUUCUGUGUCUUAUCAAAAAAAAAAUGCAAAAAGAAAAACACGAAAAAGAACAGUUUACUUUUUUUUUUCUGUGGAAGUUGCACGCCUAAUUCACUCAUUGUCUGACAGUUUAUUUUUCCUCUCCUUCAUUUUUUAAUAUAUAUAAUAUAUUGUUUUAUUUUCAGAUCAUGAGGAGAACAUACUGUAACUGUGAAUGUUUUGUUAUUAAGGGGAAGU